CCGCGAGUCGACGGAAGGCGCCACCACACGACGCCUCUCUCCCGUUAACCCGUCCGGAUCACUCUCACCCUCUCGGCCUCUCCCUCCUCUUUGCAUUCCCCACAGAGAUAUUUCGCGGCCGCCAUGUCGCUGCUCGCCGUCGUACCCAGCCGCGCCGCGGCCGUGCGACCCCCGCGUGCCUCCGCGGCCUCGGGAGAGGCGGCGGCAGUGCCGGACCUGCCGGCGGCGCGGAGGCCAGUGAAGAUUAUACUGCCCAAGAAGAAGCCGCAGAAGUGGUCGACGGGGAUGGAGCCGGGGGAGUACGGCGGCGGGCCGACGACGGUGAAGCCGCGCAAGUACUGGAUGGGGAAGGAAGACCGCGACCCCGUGGGCAACACCGACGACUUCAUCUGGAACAAGAACUUCCUCCCCCACAUGGAGCGCGUCAUCGCCAACGGCGGCACCGACACGCCCCCCACCAUCCCCCGCCUCACGCCGGUGGACGAGGACGCCAACUCAGGGUUCCUAAGCAUCAACCGCGCAAUGAGCCUUGACAGUGUGGAGGUUGAUCUGAGCAAGGAGCUUCUGGCGCCGACCGAGUCAAUCUUGAAGACCCAGGUCAAUGCUGCCCGGCGUGGUAGAUCGAUUAGAGCUGAGGCUGUCAAUAGAUCCACCUUCAUUAGAUGGAAGCUAGCCCCGACUCGACGAGAGCAGGAGCAAUGGGACCGAGCGACCAGGGCAACCACCGGUGGCAUUGAUGUUAUACUAAAGGAAUCAAAGUCGAAAGUGCAGCAACAAGGGGACCCCAAAGUUUUGGCAGCUGAGGCCAGAGAACAAUAUCUAAAGUUGAAAGAAAGAUUGCAGCUCCUUACUUUAGGUAUUGGUGGCAUUGGUGUUGUUUCUGCUUAUGUUUCAUACUCUCCUGAAAUUGCUGUGAGCUUUGGUGCGGGGCUGAUUGGAUCGUUGGUGUAUCUCCGCAUGCUUGGAACCAGUGUGGAUUCUCUAGCUGGUGGAACAAAAGCAACUGCCAAGGGUGCUGUGGCGCAGCCAAGAUUGCUUAUUCCAAUGGUUCUAGUGAUGAUGUAUAAUCGAUGGAAUGCGAUAUUAGUUCCAGAUUAUGGCUUCAUGCACCUAGAAUUGAUACCCAUGCUUGUUGGGUUUUUUACCUACAAGAUUGCUAUGUUUACUCAAGCAAUUCAGGAAUCCAUACCUGAUGUUGGAAAGCGUGAAGUUUGAAUGCUGUUCUGGUGAAUAGAAAAAAUAAAUAGAAGAUUGUUGCCCUGAGAGAAGAUCGGUUACCAUUUACCAAUAUAGUCCGUUUUUGAAGUAUCUAAUGUGAUGAUGGCGCCAAGCACAUAAGGUGCCCAUUAAGGAGACUGUCUGAAAAUCUUGACUGGUUAACAUUAUUCCACUGAAUGUUUACUAUGACUGCACAACAGGAAGUUGGUAAAUAUGCAUGCUAUUGAAUUCAUCUUAGAAACAAACUUAAAUCAUGAAUAGUUUUGUAAAGUGCGCAUCUGAAAACGGUUAGGUCAUUGGCCACCGAACUUUAUGGUUGAAUUCUAUAAGGAGGUCAGGACUUUGGAUCAAAACUGAAUGUUUGUAAAUAAUGCAGGUUGUCAGUAUAGUCAUUUCAAAAGAAAUUCAUUGCUCGUGAAGCUCUAGGCGAGAUACUCUUGAAAAAUUAUUAUUUUCAUGAAA